GGCGGUAGUGCUCCGUGUGCUGCGAUAUGUCCGCCGCCAAAACGCUCGUUUCACAGAAGAAAUAUUUUUCUUUUCGGAAGAAGAUCCCGACAAAGCGGCCCUAUUUCUUUUCAGCCCGAAAAAAGUCGAAUAAUCCGAAAAGCGACGAUGUACGCCAGGACAAAUACCGGCAGCACACAUGGAGACUUUCAAGACAGAAACGGAGUGAAUUAUGUGACAUCGACAGAAUCUUUCGGCCACUGCUCUCAAUUGUUCUGGAAAAAGGAUCCCAACGACUCCGGACCGAGUUCAACCAUCAGCUGGUGCGAUCAGCUCCCUUCAUCCUCAGCAGCCCUCUCCAGUUCCAGUCUCUCCUCAGCGUCACUCUCCAGCUCCAGUCUAUCCUUGGAGUCCCGAGCAACUGCAGCAGCACCGGCGGCGGCGACCACAGCGUCAGACGACAUGGAAUCAGACGAAAGGCCGUACGUCUGUGACCUGUGCACCUGCGCCUACAAGCAUGCCAGCUCCCUUCUCAACCACAAGCUCACCCAUAAGACUGGAGACUUCAGGUGCGACUUUUGCAGCAAGCCCUACACCAACUAUAUGUCCCUGCGCAACCAUAUGCGGAUUCAUGGUCAGAAGCGCUACAUGUGCGACCUCUGUGGGAAGGCCUUCCGUCUGGCCCGGUACCUCCGUAACCACCAGAGGAUCCACGAUGACGGGCCCAACCGGUUCGACUGUCCCUCCUGCUGCAAGAGCUACAGGACCAUGCUGGAGCUGGCCCAGCACCGCUGUACCGCUGCUACGACCAACCAGAACCGGUUCAACUGCCCGUCCUGCUUUAAGAGCUACCGAACCAUGCUGGACCUGGCCCAGCACCGCUGCAGCGCCGCGGCCAAAAACCAGUCUGGUGGUCAUGGUAAUCGACGGUCCAAUUUCUCCAACACUCCUCGCCGCCAGCAGCAGCAGCAGCAGCAGCAGCAGCAGCAGCAACAGCAGAACAGUGCUAACUCCAUGAUGCAGCCGCAACAUGGGGGACAUAGCCAGGAACCUCUGUCCUCCCACUGCGUCUCCCCCAUGUCCCAGGGAGGGCAGGGCGGUGUGAGCAGCCAGCCGGUGUCUGACCCCCACCAGGGCCGUCCCAGCUCGGUGUCCUCCCAGAGCAGCCAGCAGAGCAUGAGGAGCUCGUCCUCCAAACACAUCUCCUCCUCCAGUGCCACCCCGUCCUCCUCCUACUCCCUGCUCCAGCCCCUGGUGCCUGAGGUAAAGGAGCUGAGCUCGGGAUACACUAGGCUGAGCGCCAACCCCAUGCCGAAGCACCAGGACACUUUCUCCCUGGCCCCCCAGCGGCCCCUCACCACCAUCAACCCCAUCGGCCACUCCCUCCAUCCAAACGGUGCACCCACGCUCAAGCCUUCCCCCGUGCCACGCACCAUCCAGGCCAUGCCCUGGGAGCAGCGCUCCCUCUAUAAUCAAUGAGACCCCCGGGACCCAGCCGCCCCCCUUCACAUCUCGCGUCCGCCACCACCCCCACACACCCUCUUCAUCCUCCUAGCCCUUUUGGACCCAGCAUCAAGGAGGGAGGACUUUGGAUGCCCCUCUACCGCCUCAGCCCUCCUUUGGAACAUUGUGUUUGGGAUUGGGGAAGGGCACCGUUGAGAACUAGUUGAGAUUGAUUACUGAGUAGUUAGGUUUAAAAAUGUGUUGCCUUGACCCUCAUGUAUGAUCUAUGCCAUGUACUGGAUAUAAGUUAAAAUGUCUGUCCUCUCACUAAGAAUUUAUCUGUCCCACUCUUGUUAUGAAAAUAUCUAUCCUUCUCAUUAUGAAUAGUGUCUCCCCCCGCCCCCACCCCCACCCCCACCCUUUUUCCAUAUGUUUAAAGAAAAAGGCUAUUUUUACCAAGACUGUGUUUCAAACCCUGAACGAGGGAUUCCAGGGCGCCAAGUUGUUAAAGUAAACGUGACAAAAUUCUCCCUUCGUUCUGAUAUGUUUUUGAACAUAAAUCCUAACAUUUUAGUUAAAUAAGGCUUCUCAAAGGAGAAGGGGAAACUUUAUUAUUAUUAUUAUUUUUUAACAUACCCCUUCAACGUGCUCCAGAAUGAAGAUUGUGUAUAUUGUUGCGUUAGGAGGUGUCAUGACCGUUUCCGUUCUCCCUGACAUCACAUUGUUCACACCCGUCAUCUCCAAGCACCAACAGCAAGGACCAGGACCAGGACCAGGAUGGAGACAACCCAGCUGACUGUUGUAGACAUGAACAUGCCACUCUGUGUUGUGAAAACUGAAGCCCUGUCCUGCUGUGGAAAAAAGGACCUCAAUGUUAGCAGCCACGCCCCACCGACAGGGACAGUGUGGCGCGGUUACCUUCUUUUAACACACAACUGAAAGCUCACUUUUUUCUAAACUUGCAUCUGACUGGUGGCUUGUUGUUAUUAUUGUAGUUUUAAUAAUCUGUUGGCUGGGAAUCAAAUCUAGAAGAUAACAGUACACAUCUCCACCCCUUAUGUUCCAAACUGACUGUUAACAUGUGUGUUCCUUUCACUUCAUGGCACUUUAAGACAAGUGCUGCAUAAUUUUUCCUGUCUGGCCACCCACCACCCCCACCCUAUAUCUAGAGCUGUGUCGGCUGUGAAGAUGUAACAUUGCCUUACAUCAACCUCUUCAUGACUCACUCACAUGAUCACCAGUGACUUAGCAGCAGUACUGGCUUAGAGCCCGUAUCAUGGCUGCAUCUGGAAGCUACAGUGGCCAAAAUUCAGUCUCCCCCCCACACACACACACACGCACGCACACAGCUCCCACACAGUGUUCCUUUCCUCUAGAAAACACCAUGCCUCUGUCUCACUACUCCCAGGAUGGAUUUAGUUAACAUCUACCUGCAGGGUGUUUCAAUAAGCAGCCAAUCACAAUCUGUUAGAUAACUCCAAUACACAUGGAAAAAACAGGUGAAUUUUUGUAAAACGGUCAAUUUGAUGAAUAACAGUUUUCUCAUGGUUCCAAAAUGUAGUUCUGUUACGUUAUCUCGCUAACAUGGUGUUCAUUGAAAUACCCACAAUUCUACUGACAUUGUAUUUUCUCUUUUUAAAGUUGUUUCUAUUUUUAUUCAUGACAUGUUUUCAUUGUUGCUUUCUCUCUCCUUGUAAAGUGUCUUUGAGUAUUUAGAAAAGUGCUAUACAAAUAAAAUGUUUUAUUAUUAUCACCA